GAUAAUAUCAUAAAAUGCCCGGCCAGCGGUGAGAUAAAAUCCAAAAAUUUUUUUUUAUUGAUCAGCCCUAGGAAAACCCAGGAAAACCCGUAUGUAUGUAUGUAUGUAUGUAUGUAUUAUAUCAAUGUUUCCAGUGACCCCCCUUAACGCUGCACUAACUAUAGUAGAAAUGAAAAACAUGGGCAAAAAUUUUUUUUUCACAGGUGCUACUUCCUGUCCUCAAGCUGUUCAAGCACAUCGGCACAGAUGCUACUAACGUGGCUUAGAAAUUUCUAGACUAAAUUGCACGUGAUCUUCCUCUAUACAGGGAUGUGCCUCUAUACAGGGAUGUGCGUAGUUCAAGCUACUUCCUAAGUAUCGCAGAAUUAGCAAAAAAAGUCACUAUUGCGGGCCACGAUAAAACUGAAAACUGCAAGAAACUGUCCGUCAUUUGGUGGGACUCGGCUAAAGACAAUAAGUUGAUUACAUUUUGUGGGAGCAUGGAAGCCUUUAUGAAAAAACUCAAGUGGGAUUAACUCUAUGAGCACAUCCACCUGACUUCGUACAGCCAGUAGAUCUGGUAAGCGGUUAUUUGUUGCUUGAUUUGUCUCAAAGUGUAAAGUUAAAAGUUACUCAUGCAUAAGUAAUUACUGCUGUACUCUGCUGUAUGUAUACUACAUGUAAUUAAUCGUGAGUAGUGAGCAAAUAGCAUUAGCUGUAAGAAAAAGUCCUUACUCCUGUAGUAUAUGAACUAAUAAUUAUGAACAACAUAUGUAAGGUAGUUGUGUAAGGUAGUUGUUCUAGCUCUAUAAUUAUUGCAUAAUUAUUAUAGCUCAGUACUGACUGCGUAUAGUCUAGCCACUCAGGAUUACAUCUAGAUUUGAAAAUGUAACGUAGAAGCAAUCUAAGCUUUUCAAUGUACUCUUUUCUGGCCAUGAUAUGCUACAUCAGUGUAACAAAUUGUUUUUAUUUAGCUCUUCAAGCUCUUCAUACACUUUCUUGUAGGCUGUUCGCUCUGAUUGUGGUUUAUUGGAGCUGCUUUUUAGUUGUAGACAUAGCUCAUCUAGUUGUUGUAGUAGCGUUGAUUCACGUUGAUUCACCGAGAGCUUUGCAUAAUGCUGUUGCUAGUUUGCUUUCGUGGUGUUUGUGGAAUGUUUUCUUGCUUUUUUUCGUCGUUUUCAUAAUUUGAUUGCAGGAUUUCAUCGUAUAUUUGAUUGUCAAUUAUCGAUCCAUGUCGAUAUCGAUGUCUGUUUCCAUGUCUUCAUCAGAGUCAGUUCUGAGUCAGUUCUUAUGGCUGCUUUCAAUGAAAGCACGCCUUCCAGAAAAUUCGCCAUUUUUGUAUACUGUUAUGUAGGGUGUUGGUAGCUGUACAUUUUGUGCAUGUAUUUGUUCCCAUUGAACGUCUUUUUUGCUCACUACCUCUUGUGUGAAGAAAAUGUGAGAGCCUUCGUCUCUGUUAUUUGGUGCUUCGCUACUGUCAUGGAAAAUAUAGCCGCCUUGUACACUGUGCCACCAAACUCCCGGACCAGAUUUCAGAAAUGGAGAUAUACGCAAGAGGUGUUGCUGCCAGCUGCUCAUGCGUGAAGUAAGAAAAUCUGUUCGUAUCAAUGUAUUUUGGCUUAGUGUUCCAGGUUUGUUGAGCUCUUCCAUAGCUUUAGAUACUCGACUAAUACUUUGAUAGUAUGUGUUAUACAAGCUGCCACUUUUCUGUUUAGCUUGAAUACGUAGAAGUAUUUGUGGAACCACAGUACUUGGUUGUCUGUUUGUAGCUCGUUGUGCCAAAUCUUUCGCUUGUCCAAAAAGUCUUUCUUCAUGUUCUGUGUUUGUGGCUUUUAGGUUAUAAAUUUCAAAUUGUGUAGGAGCAUGCACUAUUCCAAAUAGCCUCCUGUACGUAACCACUUUCGGUGCAGAUAGUAGCUCUCUGCACAGUUCGAAAUGUAUCCAUGUCACGUUGUAGAAUGAUUUGGGUGACCUUUUGCUGUCCUCAGUAGUUCCGAUAUCUCCACAGCUGUUUCAAUUAGUUGCAAGAUUAGUGGUGGUGUUGUCAAAAGCGAUAACUGCUGCUAGUCGAUAGUCUCCACCCUAGGUCGGUGUCUAGGUCGGUGUCAAUGAUAGUGGUUGUUCCAAUAUUAGCGGCAGCUCGUCAAACAAAUUACUCAAGUGGCCUUUUAAGUCGUGAAGGGGCUCACAAUCCAUCACCUCAAGAUUGACAUUUUCCAAUGUUUGGGUUGGGUUGUUUAGUAAAGGGAUGGCACACGCUGUACACACCUUUGAGAGCUUCUUUGUGUUUUUUCUUAGUUGUGCCAAUGUCAAAAACUUGCUUGUAUAUAUGUAUAUUCUUAUAGCUGAUGACUGUAAUAAUGUCCACAAGUAUCAGUCUGGCUCAAGCUCUGGUACCAAGGGCCAAGGGUACAAAGGAAGAAAAAGGAAAAAUGUUAAUUCCGGAAGAGAAAAGCCACCGAAGAAGGUGCGAGCCGACGUAGCAGAAACCCUAAACAAGAAAAUGUUACAAGAUAUUCUUGUAAUUCAAAGUGAAACCGUCGACCCCACCUCUGGUGAUGGAACCCUCUGUGCUAUUGUCGACCCCCCCACCUCGUGCUACGGUCGACCUGGUGGAACCCUCCGUCCUGUCGACUCCACCUCUGGUGGUGGAACCCUCCGUGCUACUGUCGACCCCACCUCUGGUGAUGCAACCCUCCGUCCUGUCGACCCCACCUCUGGUGGUGGAACCCUCCGUGCUACCGUCGACCCCCCGUGUCCUGUUGAUCCUGUUGACCCCACAUCUGAUAAUGCAACCUGUCCCAACCCCUCAUCCUGUCGACCUGUCAACCCCAAUUCUACUCUUAGCGUUACCAACUUUCUCCAACAACAGGCCUGCCACAUUCCCCACGGCUUUGAGAUUUUUCCUAAUCACAUCUCCACGCCUCCUACACGAAGCAAUUUAGUCCCGACACUUCGCCGCAAUACCCAGGACCAUUUACAAUUUACACAUCCUGGAAGAAAUUUUGAAAGAGAUGUAAGAAGUUUACCUGCACAAUGUAUUUACCUGCACAAUGUACAUGUUUUUAUUACAUGUACUUUUGUAAGACUUUAUGCCUUUCAUUUAUUAUGCAGAUUGACAACUACUCUUCUGUGUAAUAAUGACUUGAAUGCUUUAUGAUUUUUCACGUUAUGUUUUGGAAUAGGUGCAUUAUUGUAACAAUGCGUGUGUGAAGUUCAUUUUCUACAGUAGAAAAUUUCGCAUCCUAGUGAUUUAUGGGGCCCCUUGUCCCCUGGUUGAGUCAUUUUGUUCAUGUAGGCCAGCAGUGAGUAUCCUAACUUCAACUAUGUAAGUUUGUUGUUCAAUUACUUGCCUGCUUGCCAGUACCCCUUGUGUAAAGUGUGAUAAUUUUCCAGGUUUAUCAGCAGUGGAUAUCGCCACUUAAAAAACAAAUGCAGCUGAAAAUUGACGAGAUAGUAGUAGGCAGGCGAAUACUUGAAAGCAGUCCAGGAACAGUCCAGGAACACCCCUAGUACAACACAAUCCAGGAACAGUACCUCUACAGGUCCAGCCCAGCCCAGAACCAAUUGAUCUAGGUUUGCUGUGUAUUUGUGCUAGCACAGCUAUAAUAUAUUCUGUGUUUAGAAGUGAGCUUAUAGGGCAGCACUUGCAACUCCGUCCGUAACAGGCAUAAUUAUUUCAAACUUCGAUGAGCAU